AUGCCAGCCCAGCAGGACCAGCCUCAGCAGCCCCAUGAGCAUCGCCAGCCUGCUCAGCUAGAUCAGCCUACCCAGCAGGAUCCGUUCCAGAUGUUUGACAUGCGGCUGACCUUGAUUGAUGCAAAUUUGGAGGCAGUCAACAGGAUUGGUCUAGCGCAGGCGGAGAUGAUGAGGCAGGUGUUUGUGGUCUCCCACCUUAACUUUAUGACUCCAGCUGAGUAUGCUACUAAGGUAGCUUGGCCUGAGGACCAGACCCAUUCUAGUGGGGGAGGUGGCACAUCUUCUGGAACACAGGCGAUGGAGGAAGAUGAGACUGAUAAGGAGGAAGAUGCUGCUGAGAACGAGGUUGAGGAUGAUGAUGAGGAGGAUGACGACAACGAGGAUGAGGACAGUGAUGGUAGUGUCUCUUAA